CGAUCUUAAAAUGUAUUUACCAAAUGAUAACAAUGGAAGUAGAGUUAUGUUUACUAGUCGGCUCAAAGCGGUGGCUAUGCAUGCGUCACCUAAUUGCCAUCCUCAUUGUCAGCGUUUUCUAACUGAAGAAGAAAGUUGGGAGUUAUUACAACGGAAGGUGUUUCAGAAUGGAAGUUGCGCUGCAGAACUGAUUAACUUUGGGAAGCAAAUAAUGAAAAAAUGCGAAGGGCUUCCACUUGCAAUUGUAGUAAUAGCAGGACUUCUUGCAAAGAAGAAGACAGAAGAGUGGUGGAAACAAGUUUCCCAAGGCGUUAGCUCGUACAUUGUUAGUGAUCCAAACGAGUACUUGGACACACUAGCACUGAGUUACAAUCACUUGCCUCGUCACUUGAAACCAUGCUUCCUUUAUUUAGGAGCAUUUACAGAAGAUCGAGAAAUCUCGGUGCAAAGAUUAAUCUGGUUAUGGAUAGCUGAGGGGUUUAUACAAAAAGUUGGGCAGAAAAGCUUGGAGGAAGUAGCGGAGGAUUACUUAAUGGAUCUAAUUCAGAGAAAUCUGGUAAUUGUUGCUCGAAAAAGGUUUGAUGGUAGAAUUAAAGCAUGCCGCAUGCAUGAUCUUUUGCGUGAUUUAUGCUUGAAGAAAGCUAGGGAAACUAAUUUCCUACAGUAGACUCACAAUAGUUAGUAGAGGCCGAUCUUUGAUCAGGUGGGUGGGGUGCUCAAUUCAUGACCCUCCCCUCUCAUACUUAAGUUCCUGAACCAAGACAACUUUGGUUACAACAGACAAGUGGCCUUUG